AAUUAUCAUAAUUCUAUAGGAUAUCGAUACCACAGGAUGAUGUUGAGAUCUAUUCGUCAUAUGGCUACAGAGGCAUCUGCCUUUAAAGUGGUAGCUCCACCAAAAUAUACCUUGGCUUCCUUGCGUAGUUUCCCUUCCCUCGAACCACACUCCUUCGUUCCAUUGCCAGCUAGUUUCUUUGAUGCACCACUCAGAAGAGAUAUCUUAUGGAGUGCCGUUGUUUUCGAAGCCGAUGCCUCAAGAGUUGGUUCUGGAUUUGUUCCAACCAAGGGUGAUAAACCGUUCUCCAACCGUAAGAUCCAACCACAAAAGGGUACUGGUAAUGCCAGAGUUGGUGACCGUAACUCCCCAAUCAGAGAUAAUGGCUUAAAGGCAUUUGGUAGAAAAGGUAAUGUUGACUGGUCUACUGAAUUACCAAAGAAAAUUUAUAACAGAGCCGUUCAAAUAGCAUUUUCUCAACAAUAUAGAGACGGUAAGGUUUUUAUCAUUGGUGGUGAAACCAAAUCAAAAGAUUCUGAUGAUUUGAAACUUGAUUUCCAAUUUGGUUACCCAAAGGCUACUGAAUUAUUUGUAAAACAUCACAAUCUUGAAAAGAUGCACAUGUUAUUUGUUACCGAUAGUCAAAGAGAAAACUUAUUAACUUCAACUGAUUUCGUGGGAACUAAAGCUGAUGUUAUUCCUAAGGAAGCUCUUCAAGUUAGAGAUAUCUUGAAGGCUAAUCGUAUUUACAUUGAGGCACCUGCAUUACAAUGGCUUAUUGGUAAGCACCAAUAAGGAUUCGAUAGAUCAUGUACAUAGAGCAUCAGACGAUAAUAAAUGAAAGAAGUA